GUAUCUUUCACGCCCCUGAGUGAUUCUGAGCCCUCCUACAUAUGAUCCUGCAGACCCAUAGUGCUAGCCAACAUGUUUCGGAUCUAUGGUCACAUUCUCCAAAUCCCCUUUGAGUGAGGCUUAAUACCAACAACGACUCUAUUUCGGUGGGAUUUACCAACGAAGUGCCGUACUAGUCAUGUUUCUUUCCUGGUACAAGUAGAUCCGAGAAAUCAGCAUGACUUCAUCCAACUUGACAUGAAUGUUUGUGGAGGAAAAGGCUAAGUGAAAAUCACAUUCUUAACGUUCUUCCUAUUUUAUACCAUACUCUCGUUACUUUUUUUAGACUCGUUUUUCCUUACAUCAUACCCCCUAUGUUCAAAUCAUUGUUUGAAAGGGGUGCGAGGAAGCCACCGCUCCUUCCAGAUCAAGACGAAAGCGCAGAAAGUAACAACUGGAAUUCCAGUCGAAAAUUGCCCACACCAACAACAGAUUCAAGACAUGGUCGAGGAUGCUUAUUGUGGGGAAUGAUAAGCAAAAACCGGAAGAUUCAUUUACGGAGGCUUGCCAUCGUUUCGAUAGUGCUCAUCACGAUUACUGUCGUCGGAGUUGGGUUUGUCCUUCCAAUUUCACCUCAUCAUUCCUCACGCACUGAUUGCAACACAUAGAAUCUGGUACGCUAUACUGCUUGCUUUGAUUCGGCGUCUUUCUCCGCCACCAACCCCUUCAAAUGGUGUUCAAAAAGUCAUUUCUUCAUGGGUUGAACCAUCCGCAACCACUCCCCCGCUCCCCUCCUGCACGGAGGAUUUCACUCGAGACAUCCAACCAAUCAUGUGCCAUUCACACAACGAUUAUUGGCGAAAAGUCCCUCUCUUCGAUGCUAUAUCAGCGGGAUGUUCCAGUGUAGAAGCAGACAUCUUCCUCUCCUCCAGCUCCGAUCUCCUAGUCGGACACUCGUCCAAACAGCUCCGCAGUGGACGAACACUGAAAAGCCUUUACCUCGACCCUCUCUUCUCCAUACUAUCCAACCAAAACACCCCAACUCCAAUCACAAACUCCACCACACCUCAAGGAAUCUUUGAUACAAGUCCCAAUACGACACUUGUCCUUCUACUAGACUUCAAGACCGACGGUGAAGCAUUAUUCCCCGUCGUUUCUUCACAACUCCAGCCUUUCCGUGAGAAAGGCUGGUUGACACACUACAACGACACUACCCUCGUUCCCGGACCUCUUACCAUCGUUGGGACUGGAAACACACUCUUCUCUUCCAUCAUCUCCGACACCACCAAUCCACAUCGGGAUAUAUUCUUUGACGCACCCCUCACAACCCUCUCAUCCAGCCCAGAAUAUACAGCACAAAACUCCUAUUACGCAAGCAGCUCCCUCUCCGUCGCUAUAGGAAGAACAUGGUUCAAUAGAAUCACCUCCUCACAACUGGAAAUCAUCGAGUCACAGAUCAAAACUGCCAAAGAAAGAGGCUUAGUAUCUCGAUACUGGGACCUCCCAGCUUGGCCUGUAUCGUUCCGUACUAAAGUGUGGAAGAUCUUGGAGGAGAACGAGGUAGGCGUGUUGAAUGUAGAUGAUUUGCUAGCGGCUGCGAGGUGGAAUUGGAAGCUGUGUAGUGUGAUGGGAUUAGAUCUGUGUUGAGAAUAUCAUUUAAAUCUGUAACUCAUGAUAUAAAGUACAAAAAGAAUAUCUCGAAUUAUCAUAAAUUUAUCGUCUGUUCUGAUGAUACUACAG